AUGCUCCCUCUUCAGUCCAUAGAGGGGCCGUCUCCUCACGGAGGCUCUGGCGUAGCCGGGGAGAACGGUGAGGCCCGGCAGCAAAAGCCCAAGACUUUGCCGUGCAAGUAUUGCAGCAAGCGCUUCAGGCGUGUGGAGCAUGUCCAAAGACACGAAAGGACACACACCAAAGAGAAGCCCUUUGCCUGCGGCUGGGCUCGCUGUGGGAAAACGUUCGGACGACGAAUUUCCCCCGUCCCAAACCCCGACUUUCGACUCCACCUCUUCCCUGUUCUUGAUGCUCAACUGCAACACGGCCUACUCCCCCUUCCGACUCUGACGAAGGAAUAUGCUUAUAUGGACAUCAGUGAUCUCCUUGUCCGUCAUGAGAAGCUCGUUCACCUCAACGAGGGCAGCAAGGAGAAUAAUCGCCCAAGAAAGACAUCAUCCAGCACCCACAACCCGCCGUCUUCCUCCGACAGCCAUGUCGAACACGAGAUGUUGGGCGUCCAGCGCCCACCUCAACCGCAGUAUCACCAGGAGUCGAUAACGGCCGUGGCAUCCACCAUGGCCCCAGAUCCUCGCAUGCCGGGCCCGGCCCGUGCCGCUGCCUGCAACCUCGAUCUCCUUUCUGAUGCGGCUCUGGCCAGCGAAGUUAACCCCAUGCAGCAACCCAUGAUGGCUGAUAUGGGUCGUCCACCUUCAGACCAUGUGAGGAUCAAGUCGUAUGAUGAGUCGAUGGGGUAUCCCGAACGGCCACGGGAGGACCAGAUGCUAGCGCCGGGAUACGUAGCCCAACCCCAAGCCGCACCCUACGAUGACUAUCACAUUUUCCUCGACGACUUUGCGCCUUCUUCACACUACCUGCCACCCCCUUUUGAGUCUGAUCAGCAGAUGGGAGGGCUUUGGCCUCGUGGCGAUAUGCAUCACCGUGGCCCGUCCAAGCCAUCAUCGCAGUUCCCGUCGCGGUUCCCUUCGGUCCAGCCUGAUGGUCGAGAGGGCAUGGAAGGUGGUCCGAGAAGCCACGAAGAAUCAAUGAGGGCCCCUCUUCGAAUCUCUGCCGUCGACCAUACGAUCAUCAAGAAUCGACUGGAGGAGUUCUCGUCAGUCAUUCCAAACGACUUUGUCUUUCCGUCUCGGCAUACGCUCACCCGAUUCCUCGAGGGGUACAUCAGCGGUUUCCACGAGUACCUACCGUUCCUGCAUAUUCCUACACUAACGCCCGCUGAGAUGGCACCCGAGCUUCUUCUGGCUAUCUUGGCUGUUGGUGCACAGUACCGAUUCGAGAGCCACCGUGGUCACGCGCUGUGGUAUGCUGCAAAGGCUGUUGCGCUCGAGCAGAUCCGAAGACGGCAUAGUCACGAGGUACACGCUCUACUCCCGACACCAGCUGCGUACAGCCCGCACUCGACUCGUCCUUCUCCUAGCUCUGGCUUUAGACACACGUUUGCUUCGGCACAGCAAGAUCGACCAAUGACUCAGGACACUCAUCGCGAACCUUUCUCGCCAAAUACACCGCAAGCUCGGCUCGAGACCACCCAGGCUGUUCUGCUGCUCUUCGCAGUUGGACUGUGGGGGGCGAAAGCAAUCUUGCACGAGGCUCUGUCUCUCCAGAGCCACCUUGCUAUGCUUGUCCGCGAAGAAGGAUUAAUAGCCGAAUCCAGCCCAGCCGUUGCACCGGAUUGGGAGACGUGGAUCCGGCUUGAGGGAGCAACGCGUACAAAGUUGAUAGCUUAUUGUUUCUUCAACUUGUGCAGUAUUGCAUACAACAUGCCCCCGCUCAUCCUCACUUCGGAGCUUGGCUUGUUCUUACCCUACCCGUCCAGGCUAUGGAGAGCCGAGUCUGCGUGGCAGUGGCAAGAAGACAGACAGAACUACCCUUCCGUCGAAAUCACUGUCCACGACGCUUUCUCCAGGGUCCUGACGACUUCGCCCCAGGGCCUUCCUCCACACAUGUCUUCCCUCGGAAAUUAUGUCCUCAUCCACGCAUUGCUCCAGCAUAUCUACCUACUAAAGCAAACUUCAUUUGCACUCAGCUCGCCGUUUGGACCCCAGAGAGGUUUGAAGCCGGAGGAUGUGGAAGAGAUUACUGCAGCAUUACGGAUAUGGCAGGUCAGCUUCGAACACCGACAUCAAUUGCGGGCGGCCGACGCGGGCCAUGUGGGCAACAGCGACUCGUUCCCGGGUGGCCCCGUAGCGUUUAACUCCACUGCCCUGCUGCGCCUGGCGUACAUCCGUCUAUACACCGAGAUUCCGCCCAAUCGGUCCCUCGAAACCCGGGAUCAUAUGCUGGUUGCUUCGUCAUUGAGCAGCAUGCCCCUCCUCGUCCUCAAGGCCGGCGUGAACUACGUAGCGAGGACCAAGAGUCUGGAAUGGAGCAUCCAACAUUCCUUAUGCAACUUCGAAUGCGCCAUCCUCUUAUCCAAGUGGCUACUUACCCUCGCAUCGAUCGGACCGAAUGAUCCCCCUGCGACUCCCGAGGAAAAGAAUCUUCUACAAUCGGUGAGGAGAAUGCUGGACGAGACGGAAUUUGCUGUGCCCAUUGACCCAUCCCUUGGCGGGCCUACCGCCGGCCAACCUACCAACAGCGAGGUGUCUGCGAAUGAUAGCACAAGGUUGAGACAGCUGGCCGCAGCGGUCAUUAGGCUCUGGGCAGAGACAUUCAAGGGCUCACACAUAUUCGACAUGGUCAGGGUGAUGGGAUCGAGUCUGGAUGGGUAUGCUGAUUUGGUCGAGAAGCCCCGGGAUAGAACACCUCUUGGACGGAUGACUCAUGACCCAAAUCUCGGAUGA